AAAUAUCAAUAUGGCAGCUACGGUCUGAUAGGUUGGACGUCGUAAUGUUACGACUAUGAAGAAAUAGCGUGUUUUGUGAAAAGCUACACGCGUAUUAAAAUCUUCAAUUUACGAAAUGUUUUACAGUAAUGUCAUUACUGAUUAAAUUUUACAAACAAUACAAGCCUCAUUAAAUACGAAGCCAAAGAAAUAAGGCAAUGGAUUUAACUUUAAUAACGCACGAAACGGAGAUUAAAGGUUGAGAAAAGAUAGUAGAGAGGAAAGCAUUCACAAUUCCCUCCGACGAACGGAGAAACAGAAGAAAUGCUGACUUCAAAAAACUACAAUAUUAUAUGUUAAGAAGAAAUUAAUUUUGCACAUACAUUAAUUCUAUAAAAAGCAAGAAAAUGAGUAGAUCAGAUUGUGCAACUGAUGCAGGAAGCGGCUGGCGUGAAUGUGCCAAAUGGUUAACAAGAUGUGGAGCGUUACGAGCUGAUCAUAAAGCCAAUUGGCCAAAUGCAACACCGUUUGAUCUUGCUUACACAUUAAGAGAUGGAGUAUUACUUUGUAAUUUAUUAAACACUGUAGAUUCAGGAUGCAUAGAUAUGAAAGAUGUGAAUCAAAAACCACAAAUGGCACAAUUUUUAUGUUUACGAAAUAUAAAAGUAUUUCUGUCUGCAUGUUCCACUAUUUUCGGAUUAUCAGAUUCCGACCUCUUCGAACCUUCUAUGUUAUUUGAUUUAUCCAAUUUUCAACGUGUACUUUGUACAUUAUCUGCUUUAUCGAAUUGUCAUCGUUUAAGACAAAAGAGUAUUCCAGGUUUCUCGGUAGGCCAUAGUCGAUCUCAAGAAGAUAUUUAUAAAGAUUUGCAAAGUGCUGGUGUAGGGCGCGAAGAUGAAGGUCGUCGCAGAAGGUUUAGAAGGAGAGAGGGAGAUGAAGCAGGUGGAGGAGGAGACAAUGAUGACUCUGUAGGAGAAGAAGAUGGUUAUGGAGCUUAUUGCAGUCAUGCUCAAAGUGAAGAGAUCUAUCAGGACCUUUGUAGUUUACACCUGCCACCUCCUCCAUCUGUUGCUCAGCAGGGUGCUGCAAUAUCAGGAGGAGAAAAGAGAGACUAUGUUAUUCAAGAACUUGUAGAGACUGAAAGAAAUUACUCGGAUGUUCUUAACAGUUUAUUAAAACAUUUUGCGAGACCGCUCUCGUCAUUGUUAAGACCUGAAGAUUCCGCACGAAUAUUUUUUGGUAUAAAAGAAUUGUCCGAAAUCCAUGCUGGCUUCCAUAGUCAACUUCGUAAAGCAAGAAACGGAGCUGCCUUAGCUCAAGUUUUCCUUGAUUGGCGAGAAAAGUUUCUUAUUUACGGAGAUUAUUGCGCAAAUCUUACGCUUGCACAAAAUACGCUACAAGAAGCAUGUGUGAGAAACGAAGUUUUUAAUCAGGAGGUCAUAAGAUGCCAACAAGAUUCCAAUAAUGGUAAAUUUAAACUACGUGAUAUACUUUCCGUACCAAUGCAGAGGGUGCUAAAAUAUCAUUUGCUACUUGAUAAGUUAGUAGAAGAGACUCCUAGGGAUUGGCACGAAGAUCGACGUCAAUUAAGUGAAGCGAGAGAAGUUAUGGUAGAUGUAGCACAGUAUAUAAACGAAGUCAAACGUGAUGCAGACACAUUAGAUAUCAUAAAAGAUAUAGAAGCAUCGAUAAUUGAUUGGGACGUACCUGAAGAUGCACAAUUAAAAGAUUACGGACGUUUGUUAAGAGAUGGAGAGCUUAAGGUGAAAGCUCAUGGUGAUCAAAGAAUAAAAGCCCGUUAUGCAUUUGUUUUUGAGCAAAUCAUUCUAAUUUGUAAAGCAGGAAGAGGUGAUCAAUAUUGUUAUAGAGAUUUUUUACGUUUAGAUGAUUAUAGACUCGAGGAUCAUACGGGAAGACGAACUCUUGGCCGAGAUUCACGUUGGUCUUAUCAAUGGUUACUUGUGCAUAAACAAGCUUACACUGCAUACACCUUAUAUGCAAGGACAGAAGAACAAAAGCAAAUGUGGAUUAAAGCUUUGCAAGAUGCGAUGGAUAAUGUAAAUCCUGCUGCAUGUCGAAACACAAAUCAUAAAUUUAAACUUACAACGUUUGAUACUGCACGUAGUUGUCAACGUUGCGGUCGAUUCCUUAAAGGCUGUAUAUUUCAGGGUUACAGAUGUGAAGUGUGUCGCCUUGCUGUACACAAACAAUGUAUUGCACAUUCAGGACGUUGUAUGCCAAUACCACCUCCACCUCCACCACCACCACCCUUACCUUGUGAAAGAGCACUUUCUGCAAAACUUUGGUUUGUUGGAGAAAUGGGACGAGACACGGCAUCUAAUAAACUUGAACCUCGUGAGGAUGGCACAUAUAUGUUAAGAAUAAGACCAGCUGGCCAACCUCGGCUUAAGCAUGAAACUAAUUAUGCAUUAAGUAUCAAGGCCGAUGGUGCAGUAAAACAUAUUAAGAUAUUCAAACGUGAUGUAGAUGGUGCAGAUCUCUAUUAUCUUAGUGAAUCUAGAUUUUUUAAGAGUGUCGUCGAACUUGUAGAAUACUAUGAACGCGCCUCAUUAGCAGAGAAUUUUGAAAAACUAGAUCAACGAUUAUUAUGGCCUUUUCGUCGCGUAUUAGCCAAAGCACUAUUUGAUUUUCAUGGUAGCGAACGUAAUCAAUUGAGUCUUCGACGUGGAUGCAGAGUUGUUGUUUUAAGUAAAGAAGGUGAUGCCAAAGGAUGGUGGAAGGGCAAGAUAGGUGAUCAAGUAGGAUUUUUUCCUAAGGAGUAUGUCGAGGAAGAAUAACAAAAAUGCGACAGUAAUAAUUCUUCUUUAUGUCGCAAUUAUCUUAUCGUGCAAUCAUAAAUUGAGUGAAAUAUAUUUUGAAGAGAUAGAAAAAAAAAAAAAAAAAAAAAGAAACAAAAAAGAAAAAAAAAAAUGAAAAGAAAAAGCAAAAUGAAAUAUACCAUGACGUUUACAUUGUGCAAAGCAUCUUGUAAAAUAAUAUUUUCGAUGCUAAUCUUACUGGCUAAUAAUUUUCUUUAAUAUUUGAUUCUCUCUUCGAUUCACAAUCAAUUAAUUUACACAUGAAGAUAUUUAUACAUAUGUAUAUAUAUACGUAUAUACAUAGAGUGAUAUACCGUAACGUACUCAUUCUUCUAGAAUACUUUUCUUUUACUAUAGACGAUGACAAAUAACUGUUUUUUGUUCGCGUCUAGUUCGAGAAUGGCAGGAGAAAAGAGGCAAAAAGUCGAUAGCGAAAUUAUAAUAAUUUCUUUUUUACUCGUUCUUUAUUUUCUUACUAAUACUUCACUUACCAAACUUUCGUCCGCUUAUCUAUUUUUUCUAACUAAGUAGAUCUCGCUCAAUCAGUAUAUGCUUUUGGCAUUAAUCUUUCAUAAGUUUUUUUUUUUUUAUACAAUACAAAAUUUGUUUAAUUAACUUAUUGAUUUUUUAUCACUUCUCAAAGCAUUGCUUUCAUGCCUAAUAACUUUUUAAUGACCCUUGGUACUCUUCUUCUGCCUCUUAUAAUUUCUUUUUUAUAAUUUUUUUUUUAAACUUAGUCAUCUGUUGUUAAUGGUCUUUUCAUUUCUCGAUCCAACCGUCCUACUCGUACUACCUAUUUUUUAUAUGCUUUCUGGGAUCCAUCAUAAUAUAUGUAUAAUCAUUUUUCGAUGGCCACGUAUUUUAUUUUAUCAUUUUAUCGAUUUUGCUUUUGGGAAACUGUAAAAUAAACUUCCACUCGUAUUCUUUUAUUAUAUAAAAAAAAAAAAAAAAAAAAAAAAACAUUCCAAUUUCAAAUUUCGCAUAUGGAGAGCAUUAUAUAAUUUCAAUAUAUAUAUAUAUAUAUAUAUAUACACAUACACUGUGUGUGUGUGUGCGCGCGCGCGCGUCUGUGUGUAAUGAUUAAUAGAUUGUUAUUUGAUUUAAAACAGAAAGAUUUGAAAGGAAAAAUUUCCUUAUCUCAGUCAGCUAUUGUAUACAGUUUAGAUAAUAGGUGCAAACAAAUUUUGCGAUGCCUAAGCAAAUUUUUACAUCCGCAAUCCAUGAAAUACAAGAAUUAUUCUCAAACGAGAAAUAUAACAAAGUGGUCACUGAUUUAAACGUUCUAUGUAUGUAUGUAUGCAUAUAUGAAAAUAGCUUCAUGUCUAGUUAAUUCUAUCACGUAUACAAGUUGUAAUAUGAAUUAUAAUUACUAGUUCUCUUCUAAUAGGAUCAUUUUGAUUAGUAUUAGAAAAAAAAAAAAAAGAAAAGAAAAAAAAACAAGAUCUUUAUGCGAAAAGGGAGUUGUUUCUUGAAAUUAAACGUUCAUAAAAUAUGAAAUUUUUAGGAAAAAUAAUGGAUUCUGUGAACAUUUAUAUAUUCAAGAUAAUUUUCCUUUGCAUUUUCUUUUUUUCCUUUAAAAUCUAAUUGUCAAUUAUUAAUUGUACAUAUUGUGUUCUCAUACAGCUAAUGAAAGCUUAACUACAUAUGUAUUCUCACAUACAUACGUAGUUGCAGUAUCCAUAUAUAUUUUAUUGUAGGAAAGAAAUUAGCUGUAAUAUUUUUUUAAUGGUUAGAAAAAUUCUCGAUCGUGCCAAUAAGAAUAAUCAAUAAAGUUUACAUUUUAUUGAGUUGUUAUAAAAAA